GGAGGAGCAGCCGCCGCCGCCGCGAUGAUCACCGGGCGCGACAUCUAUGACGUGCUGGCGGCGAUCGUGCCGCUGUACGUGGCGAUGUUCUUGGCGUACGGGUCGGUGCGGUGGUGGGGCAUCUUCACGCCGGACCAGUGCUCCGGCAUCAACCGCUUCGUCGCCGUCUUCGCCGUGCCGCUGCUUUCCUUCCACUUCAUCUCCACCAACAACCCCUACGCCAUGAACUACCGCUUCCUCGCCGCCGACUCGCUGCAGAAGCUCGUCAUCCUCGCCGCGCUCGCCGUGUGGCACAACGUGCUGUCGCGCUACCGGCGGAACGCCGGCGCCGCCUCGCUCGACUGGACCAUCACGCUCUUCUCGCUGUCCACGCUGCCCAACACGCUGGUCAUGGGCAUCCCGCUGCUCCGAGCCAUGUACGGCGACUUCUCCGGCUCGCUCAUGGUGCAGAUCGUCGUGCUCCAGAGCGUCAUCUGGUACACGCUGAUGCUCUUCCUCUUCGAGUACCGGGGCGCCAAGGCGCUCAUCUCCGAGCAGUUCCCGCCGGACGUCGGCGCCAGCAUCGCGUCGUUCCGGGUCGACUCCGACGUCGUCUCGCUCAACGGCCGCGAGGCGCUGCAGGCGGACGCCGAGGUCGGCCGCGACGGCCGCGUUCACGUCGUCAUCCGCCGGUCCGCCUCCGCCUCCACCACGGGCGGCCACGGCGCCGCGCGCUCCGGCGUGUCCCGGACGUACGGCGCGUCCAACGCCAUGACGCCGCGCGCGUCCAACCUCACCGGCGUUGAGAUCUACUCGCUGCAGACGUCGCGCGAGCCCACGCCGCGCGCGUCCAGCUUCAACCAGGCCGACUUCUACGCCAUGUUCUCCGGCAGCAAGAUGGCCAGCCAGAUGGCUAGCCCCAUGGCGCAGCACGGCGCCGGCGGCCGCGCGCAGGGCCUCGACGAGCAGGUCACCAACAAGUUCGCCUCCGGCAAGGGCGGCGACCCGCCGGCGUAUCCCGCGCCGAACCCCAGCAUGAUGCCGGCGCCAAGGAAGAAGGAGCUCGGGGGCUCAAACUCUAACUCCAACAAGGAGCUGCACAUGUUCGUGUGGAGCUCCAGCGCGUCGCCGGUGUCGGAGGCCAACCUCCGCAACGCCGUCAACCACGCCGCCUCGACCGACUUCGCCUCCGCGCCGCCGCCGGCGGCCGCUCCUGUCGAUGGCGCCACUCCCAAAGGGGUGAGUGGCACUGUCACGCCGGCGAAGAAGGACGGCGGCGGCGACCUGGAGAUCGAGGACGGCCUGAAGAGCCCGGCGGCGGGUCUGGCGGCGAAGUUCCCGGUGUCAGGGUCACCCUACAUGGCGCCGAGGAAGAAGGGCUGCGCCGCCGACGUGCCGGGGCUGGCGGAGGCGGCGCACCCGAUGCCGCCGACGAGCGUGAUGACGCGCCUCAUCCUCAUCAUGGUGUGGCGCAAGCUCAUCAGAAACCCCAACACCUACUCCAGCCUCAUCGGCCUCGUCUGGUCCCUCGUCUCAUUCAGAUGGAAUAUCCAAAUGCCUUCAAUAAUAAAGGGAUCCAUAUCAAUAUUGUCAGAUGCAGGACUAGGAAUGGCUAUGUUCAGCUUAGGCUUGUUCAUGGCUCUGCAACCAAAGAUCAUUUCUUGUGGCAAGACCGUUGCGACAUUUGCAAUGGCAGUGAGGUUCUUGACUGGUCCAGCUGUUAUUGCAGCUACUUCUAUUGCCAUUGGACUCAGGGGAGUGCUUCUGCAUGUUGCCAUUGUUCAGGCAGCACUUCCGCAAGGCAUUGUCCCAUUUGUGUUUGCCAAGGAGUACAAUUGCCAUCCUCAAAUACUUAGCACAGCGGUUAUUUUUGGGAUGCUCAUCGCGCUUCCGAUCACGAUACUCUAUUAUGUUCUUCUUGGGAUAUAGUGCUUUUGAAGAUGGCAAAAAAAUGGCUAGGAAAAGUAGGAUUCUAGUUUUCUAGAGAAAAAAUGCCAAAAGAAACAUAUGGGCUUUCUUGAAGACCUGAAGAACUACCAGAGCUGAACAAUAGGGGGAAAUGAAACUAAGUAGGAUCCUGGCUAGAGAGAAAUGCAAAGGAAAGACACACUUGAUUCCAUUAUUUUAUUUUAUUUUUUGCAACUGUUUUGGCAUCAAAGUAAAGGUUAGGGCUUUGAGUAUGAAGAGUUCAACCGUUAAUUUGACAAGUUGGGUUGGCGGUACU